AUGUGUGCCGCAGGGAUCUUCAUUGUGGAUCCUUGCCAGAUUCCUUUCCGGCCUCUACGCACCCUUUUCCAAGGAACUCCCUUGUCCGUGGAAGGCAAGUUUGAGGUUGCUGUCCGGGAGCUCAAGGCGGUGAAGUCCAAGGCUGAGGCAGAUGCCAUCGUUGCCGCUGCUAUGGCAGCAGCCAAGGAGAAGAGCGAGGCCCAGCACAAGCUUGCGGUUCUUCCGCCCGACGUGCGGGUCCUGCAGACCCCCAUUGCCGUCGCCGCGCAAGGGGCGCAAAAGAAUUACUUGCCUUUCGAACGUGAAGAGCUGGCCCGGGGUUCUGUUGCCUUGGCAGCAAAUCGUCCAAUACGCAUCAGAGACCAGGACCUGAGAUCACAGGAAGACUAUCGGACAGCCUUUUGUGUCUUCAACAUCGUUGAGACCAUGGACAGUCUGACAGCCUUCGCCCUUGACAUUGAAGCCAUUACCCGCACUUGCCCGCCACCUCGUGACGAAGUUGGCACGUUUGCUUGCACAGUGAAUUCUGAAACCAUGGCACAGAUGCUUGGCAAUGCUGCAACGUGGUUGUCGAAUGCGGUGUCCACUUGCGGGAUCCUUCCGAACGCUGGUGCAGAAUGUGGCGCAGCUGCCACUGGAACGAUCACCGCUAUCGCCCAAAUACACGCAAGCACCAGCCUGGCAAUGACUACAUGCAAACAGGAGCCACUGGAAGGCCUGCGACAGAAGCACAAAGCUUGCUUCGAUAAUGACUGCACAAUUUAUGAAGGCGCGGUCAUGUCCCAGGUCGGCCGGCAGCCCAAAACCGGCCGCCGCUUGUUCAUGGGAAGCGGAUUUGCAGGCAUGGGUGUGCAAUGCUCUGUGGAUGUCGGUUUCAUCAUCACGAACCUUUACAAGUACAUCUUCUUCAUCCAGAGAGCUGCCCAUCUCAACUUCUGCGACAAGAACGUUCGCUACGGCCCCUACGACUACCUCACCGGUGUACCCGAGGCGGCUUGCGCGAUGGACGCAACCGGUGCCAUUGCAUGGAUAACGCAGAUUGCCACAUUUUCACAGCAGCUCGUCAGUCAUUGUCCUGAUUUCAUGAAUCUGCCCACCCUUUGUGGGUCCAGCAUCACGGGAAUGGUCUCCUCAGUCUUUCAGUUGGCCAGCUGGGGCGCCGGGCUUCACAUCUCCUGCGCCAAAGGAGAGAGCCUCACCGAAGUAGCCAUUGUGCUGGUGCUCUCCAACUACACGGUCAUCGAAGGCAACGUCAGGAACUUCCUGGUUCAGUGCUCGGCAUACAUGCACCUCAACUUUGGAGCCAGUUGCCAACUGGCAACACGGGACCCUGAUGACAACGUCGAGCUGGACUUGCUCGGAACCCGGAAAGGCCUUCGGCUCGCGGAAGCGAGCGUUCGUGAAGAUGGUUUGACCCUGGAUGGAUUCAGUACGCUCGACUUUGUUGCCAGGAAGCCCUUCCCUCUGUACGACCGCCGCCUCUCAGAGAAUGAGGAGGAGAGUGAGGAGGCAAAUGCGGAGGAGCUUCAAGACAAGGGAGAUCCUGUGAAACAUCCCAACAUGAGAGAUCUGCGCAGCGCCGUGCGGAAGUUGGCCGAGCUUCGCAACACCUUCGCCACAGGCCAAGCAGCUCAGAACCUCACCCUCGCCAACCUGAAGGAGAAGCUGCACCUCAUGGAGCCCGUGUUGAAGUCGGGACAAGAGUCGCCCACGUGUCAGUGA